AUGGUUUCGCUGAGAGAGCGCAAGUCGAGACCAUCCUAUGCUGCUAUGGCAGAGGGCCUCGAAAACCUGUCCGAUGACGAAGAAGAUGCAGACAGCAAGCAGGGAUCCGCUUCAGGCUCCGGAUCCGGCUCACCUCGAGGGUCCAAGUCGGGUUCAGGUUCGGAUUCUGCAUCAGGCAGUCAUUCUUCCUCAGACGAUGAGAGCUCUGUCUCGUCUGGUGAUUCGAGCGAGUUUGACCCUGAGGCUGAGAAUGGAGACAAGAAGAAAGGCAAAGGGGUCAAAGGCAAAGGGGUCAAAGGCAAAGGUCAAACGAACCGAGGGACUGCAUCCAAGGGAAAUGGAACUGCCGCUUCCUUUUCCGAGAACGACGAAAGUAGCUCGUUUGAGGACUCGGACGAAGAUGAGGAAGAGGAUGACCUGCUCGAUAUGGCCGAGGAUGGAGAUGGCGGUAGCAUCGUGGACGAUGAUACGUUGGAUGGCGCUCAACAUGCCAGCAAAUGGCCACGACAAAAGCUGGGAUCUUCAUCGUCGAGCAACGCCGCUAUCGGAGCUAGUGUGCCACCGCGUACUUGGCGCACGAUCGACGCCAAACUUUACUCUCCAUCUGAUACAAAAAUCACACCGAGGGCCUACCAAGAUCUCCUCAAGAACUCUGCGAGAGUUCUCUCUCAAUCUCCGAAUAAGGGCGUCAAAGAUCCAAAGCUCCUCAAAAUACAUCAUGAUCGACAACGGAACAUGGGCAUGGAAGGAUUCUCGACUGGACCUCUGACACCUUUCGUCACCCGACUCGAAUCGGAUCCAAGGGAUCACUGGAGCUCCGGGGUGCAAAGUCGAGCGGAACCGACUUGGAUUCCUGACACACUUGACGGCGAUAGGAUGAUGGCGAAACGAAGAGAGAGAAUCUGGAAAUGGGAAUAUGCAGUAGCUACCGAGGUUCCUUGGCAAGUCUGGGAAGGCGAAGGAUGGUGGCAUGAGACGAAAGUGGGUGAGAGUCUCAGCGCGAGUGGAUCUACGAGCGAGAGCGGAAAAGGCAAAGGCAAAGAACAGGCCCCUCAGAGACCUCCUGGAUGGAUUCUUCGACAAGAGGUUAGACUAGGACUGGAAGGGGUGGGACGUUUCGAUCUCAGUGAGAUGCAGAUGCUGUCUGAGCAGGAUGCCGAGUCUUUCCUACCGACGUUGAUCGACAUACAUGGUAAUACUUGGGUGCCUUUACAAUGUGGUCAAGGGUCGGAGGCAAUGCGGGUCAACCUGGGCAUCUUUGAUAAUUUGCCCCUGAACGACCUCGGUUCCGUGCAUCAAGGAUUCCUCUUGUCUACAGGCGGACCAGUGUGGGGUGUUGAUUGGUGCCCUCAGGGUCUUGACCGAUCCUCUACGGAAUACCUCGCAGUCUCAUCUCUGCCUCACAUCGAGACUCAGCCGUCUAUCGGCGAGAAAUGGCCUGAGGAUACACCUGGAAGUAUUCAGAUCUGGUCGAUGAGUCUGUCUUCCGAUUCCUCGAGCUCGAGCGCUCGUUGUGAUAUCGUACUCUGUAUCCAAGGUGGUAAUGCGAUGGACGUCAAGUGGAUGCCCCUGGGAGCGUGGGACGAGGCAAGUCGGCGAUCUUCUUCGACGAAGGAUGGUAGUCUACCAAAAUUGGGGAUCCUCGCGGCUGUCCAGCUAGAUGGUUCGAUAUCGCUCUACUCCGUGCCGACACCGGCGAGUCUUCGACAGGCUAUGAAUGUCCCUAACGAUGGGAAACCGUUAUAUCUGAAAUCUUCACCCCUCCUCAAAUUGCAAGUCGAUGAUGCAGCGUGCAAUGCCUGCGAUUGGCUCAGCGGCGGUCGAUUAGUCGCUGGUUUGUCGAAUGCUCACGUCGUUGUCUGGGAUGUGCUGGAGGCUUUGAAAGCCGGUGAAAUGGAUGUCUCGCCCACAGCUUAUACACAGAUCGCCAUGGCUGCCGUCCGCAGUGUCAACGCCGUCAGAAUACCACACGGGACCGCACAAGGUCUACCGCAAUACGACAGAGAAUCAACGUAUCUUCUCGCAGGGACUUAUGAUGGUAACGCCAUAUUGCUUGAUACUCGAGACGCUAGCAACCCUAUUGAAUUGGAUCAUCAGCGGACUCCCAUCAUAUCCACUGCGUUCUCUUCACAGCUCCAGGCUCCCUUGUAUGGCGAUGGCGACUUCAACGUCGUCAUGCAGAAGCAAUUUGGUGCAGCUACACACCGAUCAAACAUAUUGAUGAUGCAUCGUGGCCCAGUAUGGAGUAUCGCUACGUCAGAUUACCAUACGAUGGCGGUUUCCGGCGGGGCGGACGGGGCUGUUCUGCUGAGCAACCUCAACAGAGGCUGGCACAAGCGCAAGGGCGCGCCAGUCCACUUUCUACGUCGCUUUGAGAUGGACUACGAUCAUGAGUCGGGGACCUACCGAAUGGUUGAUCAGUUUCAUCAAGAGUCGGUCAUGGCGCAAGACGCUAUCGAUAGAGGGACUAAGCUAAAGAAGGGUGGAGAUGCGUUGGCCGAUCCGGCCUUCAUGAAAUCCGUAGCUUGGUCCCCUCACUGUGCGAUUCACAAGGUCACUUGGAAUUCUGCCAAUGGCUUGAACAGUGCCGGCUGGUUGGCUAGUGGAAUGGCCAGUGGUUUGGUCAGGGUUGAGUGGGUCUCGGGCAGGUUCCAAGGGGACACUUUGCCUAUCAGGAUGAAGGAUUUGGAUUGA